AGCGAUGAAGAGGCAAUGGUGACGCUUACAAAGCAGGCGACCACUAUGACAUUGACCAGCAGCAAGCCAGAGCCAUCCAGCGAUCCGAACCGCAAGAUAACCGACCGGGCGGCUAAUAUUCAGCGCAUGCGCGAGGCCAGCGCAAUGGGCAAGAAUAUGGCAUUUGGCAUGAUUCAUACUGGGAACGGUGCCGGCGGGUUCGGGGGAAAUGCUGGAUGACCAGAAUGACUCAGUGCCGCUGGGCGGCCUGAGGCGUGCGGCCGGCACGACGACUAGCCAGCAGUCCGGCAGUUCCGCGGCCAUGAUACCCCAGCAAGCAUAUGGUGCGCCCACUCAGACCCACAGCACAGAGCCCGGCCAUAUAAAGAUGCUGAGGCAGCAGCAAAUGCAGCAGCUCGCGCUCCAGUUCAAUCCCCAGCCCGUCGCCAACUCGCAAUCGCUUACCAACCAGAUGCAGUUGCACCCGUCAAUGCAGCACCCGGCCCUGCUCAGCAUGCCUCUCAACCACCCCCACAUGACUGCACAGAUGAACAUGUACCAUGCACAACAAACUGUGAUGGCUGCCCAAGGCCAGUUUCUGCCGCACCAGCAGUCCCAAAAAGCAUCGCCUACCUCCCAAAAAUCGCAUCGCCAGCCAGCGGUCGAUCGGCUGUCUCAAACUGAAUCGCAGCAGGUGCCGGUAGAGCAGGGCUUGGAGCAACUGUCGGAAGCGAAGCCGACCGAGGAAUGCGAGUCCCAGUCACUGGCAUCGGCAUCAGCGCAGGACCAACAGCAGCUGCCGCUAUCUGGUCCACAAACGCCUCGGCAGAUGUCCCAGCAGCUCCCACACCAGGUUCUUAUGCAGCAGCAGCAGAUGCUGAUGGCGGCAGCAGCGGGAAACCCAAUGGUCGGCAGUCGGGCGUACCCAGGUACUCCGAAUAUGACCCCUGGGCGCCAGCUUCCAAACACGAUUCUCACGCCCCAAAUGCAGUCCUCGCCGAUUUCGCCCAUGUACAAUGCCCGGACCCCAAUAGGCCCGCACAUGGUUUUGAUGAACAGCAACGGCCAGCGUGUCAACGGCAGCAGCAGCACAAGCGCGCUCUACAAUAACGUCGGCUUGGCGCAGAUGGCCAGCAUGAUGGAGCACCCUGGCAAGCUGUCCCAGCAGCUCCAGCAGCAGCAUAUGCAGCAGUUUUACGCACAGAACGGAAUCCCAAUGGGCAUUCAUCAGCCCGGCGGCCCCCAGUUUGCCCAGUCGCCAGUGAUUCAGGGUGACCCACGUACAAUGCAGCUCAACGGGAUGAUGGGCCAGGUCGGUGUUGGUCCCAAUGGCACUCCGGUGUUUGCACCCAAGACCCCGAACAUAACGCCAGCGACUAACCACCAGUCAUUGAUGAGCUUCAUUCCGAACCUGCCAAUGACGGCCAAGGGCUCGAUGGCCAAGAACCCGCUCAUGCGCGAUCUCAGCAAGAUGAAGCGGUUCUCAACCAGCGAUUACGCUACCCGCCCGACCCUUCUUGCCGAGGCUGAUUCGCGCAAGGUCGCCAAAAAGGCGAUUCCCGGGCUUGGCGGCAGCUCCAGUCACAGCUUCCAGCCCGACAUUGCCCAGGCGCAGAAGCAGCUUCUGUACUUGCAGCAGCAGCUCCAGAUCCAGCAGCAGCAGCUCCAAGGCCAAAUGGAGCCGCAGACCCCACCAUCGCAGCCGCAGCAGACCCCACCAUCGCAGUCGCAGCAGACGCCGCGCCAGCAGCACCAGCGCGAGCCCAACCGUGGCGGCCGCCACGACACGCCCAACCAGGGCUCGCCCUCCUGCCACGCCCUUCAAAAGAACCACGGCAGACUGAGUGUCUCCUCGUCGACUUCAUACAUUGAUUCCGAGCGCUAUACCUCGAAGGGUGGUGAGCACCGCGGGCACACUAGACGCCCGCAUGGAGGCAACGCUCACCGGCACCCGACGUACUCCAGCGAGUACGACGAGGCCGAUCGCCACAGACAGCGCGAGUUCCGCCAGCGCACCUCCCCGUACCAGUCCAAGCCGCGCAAGCUCCUCGCUCGUGCGCGUCGCAGAAGCCAGCACAAUGAUGACUACUACGACUACUACGACUACGAUGACGAGGAGCCCUACCGCAGCGACUACUACGAUGAGUACGAUGAUCGUGAAUAUGACGCCCACCACUAUGACGAGCGCGAUGACAACUACCGCAGCAGACGCGGCGGCAACCAUCGCAGAUACCAGGAUCGCCCGCCGACGUCAAGGCGCGGGCGCGAACGCGAGGCGCGUGCUGGAAACCGCCACCGUGUGCCCUCGCAGGAGAGAGCCGGUGGCAGGGACGAGGUCCCAGGCCCAGUGAAGCGCAUCAUCGGCGAGCUUGAGGAUCCGCGCGACAAGAAGGGCUCCGGUCGCGGCGAGCGCAGGCACCACCGCCAGGAGUAUGCCUUGGAGUCGGAUGAUUCGGAGCCGGAGAGAAAAGGCAAGGCGAAGACCAAAUCCAAGGCGAAGGCCAAGGAAACGACUAAGGAAAAAGCCAAAGCCAAAACAAAUGCAGCUGCCAAAACGAGUAUCGACAGCACUAAGACUAGGUCGCCGCUGCUCCGCGCUAUGGCCAGUAUAAAAAGGUCCCGCUCUGGCUCAGGAUCCCCCAGGUCUGCUGCGUCUCUAUCGCCCGCAAGCAUCUGCAAGUCAGUUUUUAGCAGCGCCUCGAGCACGCGCAAGGACGCCGACGCCGACGCCGACGGUGUGGACAAGGACGAGCAAGAGUCAGAUGAUGAUAGCGAGAGUGAUGAUGCGGAGACCAACAGCACUCCGAGUACCAAGGCCGGGUCCCGGAACAGAUCGCUUGAAGAACGCUGGCGCCCCCAAGAAGCCGCGACCCAUCUCGAUGGUCACUGAGUGGACUGAGAGUGUACGCAAGCCCUUGCCUACACCGACCCCGCCGGGCAGAAAAGUCAGCUGCGCUUCAAAGUCUGCCGUUGUGGCAAUAUAGAAAUGUCACCACAUAUUUAUUGCAUAGUUAAAUUACCAGUUUACGUUUUACAUCAUCUGCAUUCCACUACACUCAAAUAUACAAUACACACACCAG